ACUACAUUUCCCAGCAACACACUGGCGCCUAUGUUGCGUUGCAGUCCACUGACAGCGUAAAAGAUUUCGAAAGAUGAAUAGAGGCAAACCAGAUGAGGACGAGUACUGGAACAGCUCUAAAUUCAACGCUUUCACGUUUGAUGACGAUGAUGACGAUUUCACAAAGUUAAAAGAAUCCAAAAAGGCCGUGAACAGCAUCAGAGGCCUGGUGGAGGAGGAUGAUGAUGAGGACGACGUAGAGAAAGUUAGCUGGAGUGGAGAGCCUGUUGGAAGUAUAUCAUGGUCCGUAAAAGAGACGGCCUCCAGUAUCCGGUCGACUGGGGAGACCCGGAAGGAGAGCUUCCCAAAGAUAGACACGACCCCUUCGCUCCCCAAGCAAGGCUCUACCUACUCUCUGAGCUCAUUGUUCAAAGGAAAGGGCAGGACGGGAGGAUUUUCAUCGUUCUCUGAAUCUGUCUCUGAUACAUCUGCGAGGGUCUAUGCUCCUGAGCUCCGCCGGCCCAAAGCAGAAUACAAGGACUAUGUGAGUGAAUGGAACCCUGAGGAGACUGUACGGAGGAUGCAGAGGGGAAAGGGGUACUCUCUGGAGAGAUUCCGCUCCCUUCAGGACAAGCUGUUACUGCUGGACGAGGCUGUUAGUGCACACGACGGAAACACCAUCACCGCUGUCUUAAUAUAUUUGAAAAGGUCGUUAAAUAAAGAGAUCCUCUUCCGUGAGUUAGCGGAGAGGGAAAUCGCUCUCAGACACUAUGUGCACUACCUGAAGGAGAUGGGGGAGCAGAGACUGCUGGUGGAACUCUUCAAGUCCUUGGGCAGAACUGAGGACAUGGCACUUGUGCAAUACAAGGAGCACCUCAACAUUAAAGAUGAGAACAGAAGAAAAGACUUCCUGAAAAGCUGCUUAAGUCUUCCCUUUAAUCCGGAUGACUCCACUCACGUACAAGACCACUACACGCUCCUAGAGAGACAGAUCAUUAUAGAGGAAAAUGACAAAAGAGCAAAUGCUGACAUAUUUAAGAAGUACCCCAGAAAAGCCUCCAUUUUGAACAUGCCCAUCAUCACUACGUUAUACUAUUCUUGUUUUUACCACUAUGGCGAAUCGGAGGGCACGUACAGCAGCCCAGCCAACAUAAGGAAGACCUUUAAGAUCUCCGAGAAGCAGUAUAUUCUCACGGCGCUGGGUGCCAGGGCCAAGCUCAAGUCCUGGUUUGACGUGGACAGUUUGUUCAACGCCAAGAACUGGCUGGGCUACACCAAGAAGCGCUCUCCUGUUGGUUUUCACAGAGUGGUGGACAUAUUGCACAAGAACAACGCGCCUGUGCAGGUGCUUCAGGAGUACCUCUGCCUGGUGGACGACACCGAGCUGAAGAUCAGCCUGGCACAGAAGUACAAGUGUCACGAUGUCAUCAUCAACACCUAUAAGGACCUGAAGGAUCGUCAGCAGCUGGUGGUGUACAGGGGCAAGGUGGAGAGGGGCUCACCUGAGGACCGACUCAUCGAGCAGAUCCUCGGCAACACACAAAUCCGAUGGAAGAACUGAGGCCAGGAAAAGAGAUGUAAUCGAGAAAGACGUGCAUCUAGACGGUUUAUUUCAGAAAGAAAAGAGACUGCAUCAACAAAGUCCCCUAUUGGAGGGGGCCAAGCCAGUGACCAAUAUGAGUGGGAGUGUGCAAACGUAGCCUUCAUGUCCAUGCUGGAAAUGAGCCAAAUGAUUUGUUUUAUAUUUAUUUUGCCAUUUUUAAUUGUUUAUUUUUGUUUAUUUGGCUGAAUGUGUCGAUCAUGCAUAAUCAGCAUGGCUUAUUUUUAAACGUGCAAUGAGGACAGAAGUGCUCAAGAUUGUCAUUCCUCAAGAUUGUACACAUCAAAUCCUCCGCAAUUUGUCCUUGUCAUGUCCUUGUUAUCCUACUGAUAUGUCUGCUUUUUUUACUGUACAUAAUAAAAUAUGUUAUUGCAAAAGG